AUGCUUCACCCGCAACGAGGCAUCUUCAACGCCGACGAAUUUGUUGUUUCUGCGGGCUGCGUCCUUUUGAAGCCGCUUCCACGAGACAAGUCGAUAACAGUCCCUCGUCUUCCGGACGAGUACUCGUUGGUCUUUAUUCGCAACAGGAGAGGGGAUUCAGUCAUCGCCAAAGGACGCAAGGACAUGGACGAGGCAGCUCCUCACACAGCAGUACGCGAAACAUACGAGGAAACUGGUUACAAGAGCACGAUCAUUGCACUCCCAAACCCCUCGUUGACGCCCGGUGCCAGAGAAGCUGUCAUGAACAAAGAGGCAAUCGCAGUCACACUCAAGGUGGAUCGUAUGUCUCGUCCUGACAAAAAGAGCGCGCAAAAGUUUGUGUUUUGGUAUGUCUCUGAAGUUGAUACCGACGAGAGUGGCGAAGCCGUUCAGCGCGUGCAAGGGACACAACUCGAUCACGAGGAUUACGAAGUACUCGAUGCACCUCUGGAUGAAUGUGGACUUACGUGGGAGGAAGACAGAAAACUUGUCGAGUUGACUAAGUCUCUGCUCCUCAUGCGAUACAAAGUGGUUACGGGUCUUGAUCCACCGGAUACGAAGAGCCAUGGGAGCGGAAGAUGA